CCAUGAGGCUGCCUUGAGACCACGUCUGUUUCCGCUCGGCUCAGUCUACGACGUGCUGUCUGCACACAUCAACAAGGAGAUAAAACAUUUCUCUCCAUAGCAGUUUGUUUUCUAGAAAUACCGCCACUGCUCGCUGCUACCUACCAGAAUGAAUGUGGGUGUGGCACACAGUGAGGUGAACCCAAAUACUCGGGUCAUGAACAGUCGAGGGAUCUGGCUGACCUAUGCACUUGGUGUUGGAAUACUUCACAUUGUGCUCUUGAGCAUACCCUUCUUUAGCGUGCCAGUGGUGUGGACUCUAACUAACAUAAUACACAACUUUGGAAUGUAUGUGUUCAUGCAUGCAGUCAAAGGCACACCUUUUGAGACCCCUGACCAAGGAAAAGCCAGACUUCUUACACAUUGGGAACAGCUCGACUAUGGCGUGCAGUUCACUUCAUCUCGAAAGUUUUUCACCAUAUCUCCGAUCAUUCUAUACUUCCUGGCAAGUUUCUACACAAAGUAUGACACGACACACUUUGUCAUAAACACUGCCUCACUUUUGAGCGUCCUGAUCCCCAAGCUGCCACAACUACACGGAGUGAGACUUUUCGGCAUCAACAAGUAUUAAGUUAUCGUACAUGCUGUGUCUCAUAGCAACAGAAGUUAAUUCCUGUGUAGCCUGUACCGCCGAUGUGUGUACUAAGUCGUACAGUUUGUGUAAACGUCACUGUCGUUGUUUCGAUAUAUCAGGUUUAAGAAGAAAUGUUAAAACAAACAGAGGUUAGUUUGUAGAUGACAGGAUGCCAUAUGCAUUACUAACUUAUGUGAAUAUUUAAUAAUGUAUUUUUGGCCUGCGUAGACCUGGGCUGGCCCAGGCAUUAGCAAGGCUUUUGGUUGAGUUUUAUUUUUGUCCGUCUUUGCCCAUCAAUUUACAUGGCAACACAAAUUGUGAGUCUGUUUCUAACCACAGAGAUGUCCCUAAUGUAUUUUUCAAAGAUGUUUACUUCCUAUGGGUAGGAGCCUGUGGCUCGUUGUUUAUUGGUACACUCUCGUUUUGUACUGGGUGUCAAACAUUCAUGCUGAGUGAAGAAUGGAAUCGUACUUCUCAUUUGCAUGAUUUCCUUAGUAUGUGAAUCAUUUCUCAUUUGUAACUCAAUCAAAACAGGGCAGGCUUUUUUUUUUUUUUUCCUUUUUUCUUCAUCAUCGUUCAGUUUUAUUUUGUGACUGCUAAGUCCUGUAUGUUAAAGAAAAAGUUCUGUAUGUAGAAAUGAGACAAAUUAUUGUUGUCAGGUUAAGUGUUUACUGAGGGAGGUCUACAGUGUCUCUGUGAUAAUCUUAUGUUCAUGUAGCUGCUCUCUUUAGACUUUUUGCUAUCAUCAAGGCAGCUAGUCCUGCUUUGUUUGGCCAUAGCUCAUAGUACUCUUGAGAUUUCUUGUUCUUAAUCUUAUUAAAAUGUUCGUGCCCUCA